UCAAACAACACGUCCAACAGAACAGGAAGAGCUAAUGCGAUACUCGUUCACGCCUGUUGAGCGUUGAGUGAAUCCUAAAAUCCACCGGGAUUAACAGCGGUGAGGUGGAACCCUGUGGACUACAUACAGUUGUUUUGACAUCUGGAAUCACCAAAUCAGUAAGCAUGAGCAAGAAGCCCACUGGAGCAGAGACCAUCUGUGAGGCACUCAUGAGGCAAAAUGAAGAGGAUGAAGAGGAAACAGUGUCUGAAGAUGAGGAGCCCAGAGCUUGCGGUGUGUGUGGAGAUCAGGCCAAAGGUUACCACUUCAAUGCCUUGACAUGUGAAGGCUGCAAAGGCUUCUUCAGACGUGCCAUAAAGAGGUCAACGCAGCUCCGCUGUCCAUUCCUGAAUAAAUGCAGUAUAACCAAAAACAACCGCCGGUCAUGUCAAGCCUGUCGCCUCCGCAAAUGCCAGGCCAUAGGCAUGCGCAAAGAAAUGGUCAUGUCUGAGAAGGAGGUAUUGGAGAGGAGGAUCCGAAUCAAGAAAAAAAAGAUGCUUGACGCCCCAAUACAGCUCUCAUCACAGCAGAAGGAAACCAUUCAGGAGCUACUCUGUGGCCACCGCCGCACAUUUGACUCAGCAUUUUCCAGCUUCAGUGGCUUUAGGCCUAUGGACAGAAUCAUCCUUUCUGUGAGUGAGUACAACCAGCCUACAAGGGAGCCCUUUAACCCCCUGACAAACUGCCCUACAAACAUCUGCACUAAAACCAGUAAAUCUGCCACAGGCCCCAGAACAUCCUCAUGUGCCAACUUCCUCUCCUCCUCCAGUUUUUGUGGUUCCUUUGAAAAACAAAAGAACCGAGAAGGAGAAGAGGUUACAAAAAACAUUAUUUUUACUGCUCUUCCACACGUGACUGACCUCACCACUUAUAUGAUCCAGGACAUCAUCAGUUUCUCCAAAAGUCUACAGGACUUCAGGUCUCUAACCAUGGGGGAUCAAAUUGCCCUGUUGAAGGGGGCCACAUUUGAAAUUAUGCAGAUCCGCUUCAACAUGGUGUUCAAUGCUAAAGCAAGCAUCUGGGAAUGUGGCCAUAUUACAUACUGCAUAGAUGACGCUGUACGAGCGGGUUUCCAGCCGCUCCUCCUGGAGCCUCUGUUCAAAUUCCACCACACACUACGCACACUGGGCCUGCAAGAGGAAGAGUAUGUUCUUAUGCAAGCCAUGUCCCUGUUUUCUCCAGAUCGUCCAGGUGUGCAGCAACACAGUGUGAUUGAUGAGCUUCAGGAAAACUUGGCACUGACACUAAAAACCUGGAUUGACUGCAAGAGAACAGGCCCAGAGAAACAUUUGCUGUACCCCAAAGUGGUGGCCUGUCUUACAGAAAUGAGAACAAUGACUGAGGAGUACAGUAAACAGGUUCUGCAGAUCCAGGACAUCCAGCCGGACGACAUCUCUCCCCUUAUAUUGGAGGUGGUCAGUAGAAACCCCUGUGAUGACUUCUAAGACAGACACCUACUGUACAUGGACAGCUAAAGCACUCUGGGUCCACCUCUGUUAUUUAAUAAUGGAGACCCCAAACUGAAAACCAACUGAAUGUGCUCCUUGAUUUAAAGGGAAGUAUUCUGUUGUGUAAAAUACUAAAGAACACAUUUCUGUCAUUAAGCUUUGAACGCAAAAAAUCACAAACACAUGAAGAUGCGUGUUCAUGUCAUCCGUCCUCUGCACACAACCUGCAGGUCAAAGAAACCAUGAGUGAAGCAGCAUUAACUUUUACAAAGUUUGUUUAAACUGGUUACAGUACUGUUGGAUUGUGGCGAAUUUGUCACUUUUGUGCUAUUUGUUUAACUUACACUAAAAACAUAUUGUGGGUGCAUGAAUGAAUGUCGACUUCAAGUUGGGAGGUUUAAUGUUUUUUUUGUCACACAGAAUUGUCUGUAAAGUGUGUUAUUUUCUCAGAAUGAAAAAGGGCUGC